CAUACACGUCACAAAAUGCCUCGGGGCAAGGAUCGAAAGUUUUAAAAUUGUCUUAAUAUUUUUUCUUCGUUGACACGGAGUUGAAUAACAAGUCCGCACGGAGUGGAAUGGUAAUUAUCUGCACUGAGAAGAGCUCAAAAUGGUAGUGUCACAAGAGGUCUUUGGCAAAACAGAAUCCGGGGAGGAAGUCAUCAGAUACACGAUCAAGAACAGCAACGAGCUGGAGCUGGAUGUGAUAUCGUUUGGAGCUACAUUCGUUUCACUGAAAUGCCCUGAUAGAAACGGAAAGAUAGAUGAUGUUGUGUUAGGAUAUGAUAACCUUAAGGACUACCUGAGUAACCCACCUUACUUUGGAGCAACAAUUGGAAGAGUUGCCAACAGGAUAGCCAAUGGGAAAUUCUCUCUCAGUGGUAAAGAAUACCAAUUAGCUAUCAAUGCUCCACCAAACACACUCCAUGGAGGUUGGGUUGGAUUUAACAAGCAUAAUUGGAAAAGCGAGGUUAAGGAAGAUAGCAAAGUUAAAUUUACCUACAUAAGUCCUGACGGCGAUGAGAACUACCCUGGAGAACUGACGGCAUGUAUUUCAUUUACACUCACUGAGAACAACGAGGUCAAACUCUACUACAAAGCAACAACAAAGGCUGAAACCAUUGUCAACCUCACCAAUCAUGGCUACUUUAAUUUGGCUGGCCAGGUGGACCGUGAUGUUUUGGAUCAUGUAGCUCAGAUAAAUGCACCCACUUAUUUGCCCACAAAUGAUGUGCAAAUACCCACAGGGGAGAAGUGCUCAGUUUCCAGCCCAAAUAGUGCUUUUGAUUUCACCAAACCCAAGCCCAUAGGACAAGAUAUAGAUAAAGUUCCUGGAGGCGGUUAUGAUCACAACUACUGUCUGCCACAGAGCAAGGAAUUCUGUGCAGAAGUGUACCAUCCCUCAAGUGGUCGUGUUGUUAAAAUGUUCACUGAUCAGCCAGGUGUACAGUUUUACACUGGCAAUGGACUGGAUGGAAGUCCUGGCAAGGGAGGGGUGGAGUACCACAAAUAUGGUGCUUUCUGUUUGGAGGCUCAGAAUUACCCAGAUGCCAUUAACCAGCCUGGUUUUCCAAGUCCUAUUCUUCACCCUGGAGAAACUUACAAGCAGAAAACAAUCUUCAAAUUUGAUGUGAAGUAGAAGCCACAAGCUGAAGGAUAUAUUAAGUGUCUAGUCACCAACUUGUGCUGAUGCCUUAAAUUAAAGUCAUAGUGCUCUAAAUUAUUUUGUAGGAUAACAAUAAGUUAUUUUAGUUAGGAUAUAAAGAAGAAUGAAAAUGAGUGUAAACCAGCAAUGUCAAUUGAUGUAACAGGAAUUCAUAAUAUUUAUUACAUGAUUGUAGGGGCUUACAGGUUUACAAGGAGAGAGGGUUACCUUAGUAAGCAGGUUACCCUAGCAAGCGUGGUACCCUAGCACUCCCAUAUUUCCUCUCUUUUACUUCAUCAUGUUUACAAGGCAGCCAGGGUUACCCGGAUAGGCAGAUUACCCUAUCUGUGUGCUAGGGUUACCCUGGCAGGCAGGUUAACUUUUCUCUUGUAAACACAACAGGUAGGGUUAACCGCCCUACCCAGGUUAACUUUCUAAUUGUUUCCAGACCCUUUGAGUGUAACCACACAUUAAUUUGUCCCAGGUUGUAGGGUUACCCUACCUGUGAAAUUUUGUUUGUAAGCCCAGGCUAUCUUUUACCCUCCAGCUAGGGUUAACCCACCUCCUUGUAAACAGGCCCUAAGAAACAUGUAGUAAGACUACGAGUUCAUUUAGCAUUCUGAAAGGCACAAAGUGUCCUUGCACGUAAUAUUUAAAGACACUCAGGUUAAAAUGGAGAGAAUUAGAACUUUGUACUCACACCAGGGGUUGGCAAAAUUGGCAGUUGUUCAGUUGAACAAGUGAUUAUUUAAUGGUGCUGGACAAGUUAGAACACACGAUUGUACUCUGCACAAAUGUAAUUUGAAACAGAUACAAUAAAUAGUCCAAUUAAACAUUGA